GCCCAGAACCUUGGAAUCUUUGGCCUUUAAGCAACCUUUGCUCCAAGCAAUUCUAUAAUUCUAUUCACCUUUGUCCCGCAAACCAUUUAAGCCUCCAUGUAGUCUUCUUCCAGGGUACCUGCAUGAAUUCUAUCUUUUUUGGGACUUCAAAAAUGCCUAAAACAGUGGCUGUCACACAUGCUGAUCUUGCACCAAGUCGUCGAAGCACUGAAUUGGGCAGCAGGACUGGUGUUGUCCUCAUGGUUUUAACCAUUCUCUGCGGCCUGUUUUGCUUCAUCCUUUGCCUCAUAGCAGAAGCCACUCGUUCCCAGGAGAGAUGGGUGGGCACUGAUACUAAUCGGAAGGAAGUGAAAAAUGAAUGUGCGUACAGCGGUAGCGGCAAGACACCAUUGUUGUGCGCUGCUGUGGCAUUUGUUGGACUCGCUGCUGCCAUGGUGGUGGAACAUAUGUACAUGUUGAUUGCAGUCAGCAAAUCGCCACCGCCUGCUCUGCUUUCCUGGGACCCUGUUUCCUCUCGUGCCAAGACUCUCACCUGGCAGGCAGGAUUUUUCUUUGUCAUGACCUGGCUUUGCUUUUCUGUCGGAGAGAUCUUGUUGUUGAUUGGGCUCAGCGUGGAGUCAGGCCAUUUGAAGAACUGGUCAAAACCGAGAGAGAGCUGCCUCAUCAUCAGAGAAGGCUUGUUCUGUGCUGCUGGUGUGUUCUCAUUGCUGACAGUUUUCCUGGCUGCAGGCCUCUACUUAACAGCAUUGCAUGCACAAAAAAUGUUCCAGGAACAGCGAAACGUGCAGCAAGAGGUCCUUGCGACCUCCGCCCUGUACGCGUCUCCACCUGGCUCACCACCCCAUCGGAUGACAACCGUUGCCAGAGAGGAUCCGAUGAUCACAGAGUUUCCAAACGAACCACCACCAUCGUUUUCGUAUUCAUGGGAUUUCAGCAAGCAAUGGAAUAAUGCCUAGAGCAAAAGCAAAUAGAUGCCCUGCGUGCCUUUUGGCAAAGCUGAAGGCACAAGCUAGGGCUGCAUUUUCUGAGCAAAUGGUUAUAUAAAAGAAAAGAAUGAGAAAAUUGCAUUCAUUUGAUUUUUGUAAACAAUUUUUUUUUUCCUUAUACAAACGAACAACUUUUGUUGCACAAAUUGAAUGAAUUGAUCAAACCAU